AUGGUUCAGAAUUUCACACCUUCGUGGUUCUCCGUGAUCAUGGGAACUGGCAUCGUUUCGACACUCCUCAAUGUCCUCCCUUACAAUGGCCGCUGGCUACGAUGGAUCUCGAUCGUGAUUUUCGCCCUUAAUGUCUUCCUUUUCAUAGCCGGUUGCAUACUCAGUUUAAUCCGAUACACCAUGUAUCCCAAAACGAUCAGAGCCGUCAUAUUUCAUCCGGUGCAAGCGAUGUUCCUUGGCGCAUUCCCGAUGGGUCUCUCUACUAUCGUCAACAUGUUUUGCCUCGUGUGUGUGCCGGCUUGGGGGACAUGGGCUGCAGAAUUUGCGCUGGCGCUGUGGUCACUUGAUGCUGCCAUUUCGGUUCUGUGCGCUCUGUCGUUACCGUUUUCGCUCAUGUUAUCCAACAAGGAUACACACCUUUCGACCAUGACAGCAGUGUGGCUUAUGCCGAUUGUCACUUGCGUCGUUGCUUCUGGGACUGGUGGCAUUGUCGCCCAAGUUCUUCCGGACCCAGACCAAGCUUUUGGAGUGAUUGUCGCAAGCUAUAUCCUAUGGGGGAUCGGAGUUCCUCUGUCAUUGAUGGUGUUUGUCAUCUACUUCCAACGACUCACGAUCCACAAGCUACCUCCCAAGGAGACUAUUGUGAGCGUCUUCUUGCCAAUGGGCCCUCUGGGAUCUGGAGCUUUCUCCGCAUUGAAACUUGGACUUACUGCAAAAGAGACAUUCCCAAAGUCUAGUUUCCUGUUUGAUAAGUCCAUCAUUCCCACUAUGUACGCAAUGGGAUUCAUGACGGCGCUUGUUUUCUGGGCGUUCGGGCUAGUAUGGCUCUUCUUUGCAUCCGCAUCGAUUCUGCGAUGUAAAAAGUUCCCUUUCAACAUUGGUUGGUGGGGCUUCACUUUCCCGCUUGGAGCAUAUGCUCUGGCUACUUGCCAGCUCGGUUUGGAGAUGUAUUCUUCAUUCUUCAAGGUCGUUGGAACGAUGCUUUCACUGUGUGUCGUCAUUCUUUGGAUACUUGUCUCAGUGGGUACACUGAGAGGAACAAUCUCCGGGAAACUUCUUGUCGACCCUGCUCUGGCGGAGAUGAGGGAUAAACAAGAAAGGAAGAGGCUUUCGGCGUAUUUGGGAUAG